ACAAGCCGCUUCUGACAUCUGAUAUAUGUACUGUUUUAUAAACAUUCUUGUGGAAAAUCAACCCUAAUAUUCUCUACCCUAGCGUGAAGUUUUUUGUUGUAGUUGUUUAAAUUAGCGGUAAAUCAGUGGGUUUGAAAGUUUUGGAAAAUUUCAACGGAGACAUCUCUCCCAGUUGAUAAAAGACGCGCUAAAAGAUCACGCAAAAUCGCAUUAUCAUGCCCAAAAGUCAUUGCAAAGUAUUUGUAUCCGGCCAGGGACGAAUUGAUAACAAAUACUUCGUUACUGUCGGGUGUCAAAACAGUCAGCCAAGUGGAAACAAUCACGCUUAUUAACGUCACAUAACUUCGGCUUGUUUGAUUUUUCUUAACUCAGUCAGGUUGACAAUGACGACUCCUUAGUUGCAUAAAGAGGUGCAGGUUGUUAGACCUGUUGAAACAUCGAGAAACCAGCAGUUUAUCCCAAAUAUUUUUCAUAUCGAGCUUUCCUGUACAUUUCCUAUAGACAUGUGACAAUAGCCACUGCCAUUCAACAAACGCGUCACACCCCAGCAUGAAAACGAGGCUCGUCUCUUCCCUAGGUUUCAAAAAUUUGAUUGACUGAUUCCCAAUAUGGCCACCUAGACGCCAAAAUCGUCUAUUUUAAGUCCUUGGUACGUCGAAUUCGUACCCAGUAAGCAAACAGCAAUUCUUCAAAGAUUUGUCUUUUGUUGUGUGCGAAUUGGAAACGUAAAAGUUUGGUCGAAAGGCCUUUAGUUUAUCGCGUGACGUAGUCCUGCUUUCUGGCGUGUUUAUACUUUGGAUGGUUUGAUAUGCGAUAUCUUGUGCAAAAAUGAAUAGCGAAGCUAAUGACAGUACGGAUGCAGGAGUGAGUAACGAAGACACAGACACAGUGGAAUCCAUCACAGAAACAUCGGGCGAGAGUCGGACAGAAAGAAUUCGAAGACUGAAUAGAGAAAGACAGCGACGAAGGCGCGAAAAGCUAAGGAUGUCACGCCAGAGUGAAGCGCCAUCGACAACCAGUAACGACGUGGACCCAAGCCAUGAUCUUGAGGUUCUGUCUGAGGGCUGUGCGAUUGUAGAAGUAAUGCUACCUCUGAAAGUCGAGACAGAAGUACCAGAAGAAGUAGAUAAAGAAACUUCGAAAGCUACGAGACCGAAGCGAUCGACGAGAACGAGGCAAAAAUCUCGAAAGGACGGCGCAACUGAGCAAAUUUCAUCCGAUACCGUCUCAUCAGCAAACAACGCCAUUUCACCACCAUGUCACGACAAUAACUCAAGAUUUGAUGGCGCUUCAGACGAGAGCAGCGUUCUUGUUGUCGCUAGUGAGGUGGAAGUAAUCGAUGAAAAACCACAAGAAAACGGAACCGAAGAAAUCACGGAGACUUCAGAAACAAAAGCAGACGGGAAAAAGCGGAGAACGCGAGAACCGAAGAGACACACUGAAAAAUCACCCGAAGACGUCGCGACAAAGCGGGUAUUUAGAGAGCGUGAAAAGAAGAAAAUGCAGGGGAAUAACGAUGAGGUCACGGCAAGAAGAGAAAAACAACGCGAGUUGAAAAGGAAGCAGAAAGAAAGGAUGAGUAGUGACCAAAUUGAAGCGCUGAGGGCGAGAUAUCGGGAAUGGAGACGAAAACGAAAGGAAACCAUGACAAGCGAGCAAUUGGAGAUAAUUCGUAAAGGAAACCGUGAACGACAGCGAAGACGGCGUGAGCGCUUAGGAAUCAGAAAGCGGUCAACAACCCCUCAGUCUAAAGGAGUCAGCGAAGCAGUCAUACAAAGCAUCAAAAACAAGCAAGCACAAGUUCUAAAACCAAUGGAAUCGAGUCUUAGUCCCGAGGCAAGUCUUGUAGCAGCGGUAAACAAGGUCGCUUCUCUGAACAGCGUCGAAGCAGCCGCAGCGACUGCCGCUCUUAUGCCUAAUCCUUCACGCGUUGAAGGACCAGUCGCUGUCACACUAGAAGUAAAUCCAGCCGCUACUGGAAUGGCACCGAGUGUUAUUCAGAACACUCAGCCCAUUUCACAACCGCCUUCUUCAACAUCUCAGCUUGCAAGUCUUCCGGUCACAACUACAAAUGUAACACAAGGGACUUUGCCUCCGGGGAUGCCCGUUCUUGGUCCUCAGGGAACUAUUCUCCAAGGAUUACCGCCAGGAUCUGGUGCACUUUACAGCAUGACAAUGCCAGGGAUUCAAGGAACUUUGUUACCUGGGAUUCCUGUAACUGCAGGACAAGCUUUGCCCGGUGUACAGGGAAGCACUGUUGCCGGAAUGCCUUUCUCUGGGAUGCAAGGACUUGUGCCAGGCAUGUCUCAAAGUGCAUUUUUGUCGGCUUCACAAGGUGGAGUCCUUCCUGGGAUGCAAACAUUUAGUAGUAUGGCACCAACUAUGACCAAAGAUGGCCAAAUCCUGCACAGCAUUUCUACCCUUCUUCCUAUUGCUCCAAUGCAGGGUAUACAAGGAACAGGUCAAAGUGUUGCAUUCCUUGCUCCAAUGCCCAUGACUGGACCGGCUGGCCAAGUUCAAGCUUUUCAAGAUAUCAGAGGUGCAGUGGCCACACCAAUAAGAACUGCUAGUCCUAGCAUCAGCACCACAGUGGCAUCAGUACCUAUAGCAGAGAGUGUUACUGCAGAAACAGUGGCUGUUGUGCAACCAGGGGAGGGAAGUGACCCUGCUGGAACAGACCCCAAAAGUAAAAAUGCAAGCUCUCCAAAACCUAAGGGAAGAAGAGGAAGGAAAAGAACCACUUCUGCUGCAGAAAUGUUAGCCAACCUCAGUAACUUACCUCCAACCAGUACACCAAUGUCAUCCAUGUUAUCAGCAUUGGCCUCCCAGAUAAGAGGCCAUACACCCACUGGGGUAACAGAAAAGGAAGGGGAGCCUCCAGCCAAGAGGGGUAAUGUGGAAGCCAGUCAGGUUGCCGUCACACCCAGAGCACCAACUCUUCAAGACUCAAGUCAAGGGGCAGUGGGCAUUGGGAGUGAAGCUGCUGGCCUUGUAAGGCCCAGUGUGGUGAACCUUCCAGAAAUGCAAGUAACUUUUCCUUCUUCAAGCACUAACGCCAAGAUUCCCCAUAUGAGUACCUUUCUCAAUACCAUGAGUGGGAGUCCAAUUCCAAACAUGGGAAUGCCAUUUGCCACUGCUGCAAACCUAGCAAGGCCUAUUAAUACCUUCCCUCCUAACAUACAGGCAAUACCUGGCCAGUUUUUCCCAUCCAGGGUUUCUGUUGCUGUGGAAACUGAAGAAAUAAGAAAAACAACAGUCGGUACUAACACUGAAAGCAACCAACUUUUAUCAGCUGGUGGCAUUGACCAGUCUGCUGUUAUGUCAUCUGUAGGUACCAUGACUGACUCAUUGUACAAAGUGUCUGUGGGUACUGGGACUGCUGGAACAGGGCAACCUAAUGGACAAUCAGUUGUUACUGCUACAGGUGAAAGCCAUCAAAGUAUAGUGGAAAAGGCCACAACUGGACAGGAACUUAACCAGGAAAAACCAUGUCCAGAUGGGGUGAAUGUUCCAGAAAUAAACCCAGCGGAAAUAAUCCAAGAGGCAUUAAAUCAAGGUCAGAUUACCCCAGAGGUCAUGAUUCAAGAAGAGGUGGUGGAAGAAGUUGUUGCAGUCACUCCAGAGGUGGCCAAGAUAACGCCUAUAGGGGAUGGUAUUUAACUUUGACUUUGAGUUGUUAAAGCUUUAUAUCAUAAACAAUGGUUUGAAUGGUUUGUCUACACCUGUCAAAUAUUUGCAUGUGUUUUGGUUUCUAAUGUAAUUAUCGUAAACUGAGAUUUUAUUUUCUUUGGGAUUUAAACAUAGUGAGAAAUAGGAAAAAAGAGGGUCUGAUUGAUAAAUGAAAGUUCUCAAGAGCCUAACUUUAACAUUAUUGCAUGUGAAAAGAAAGAGUUGCUUGCAGAAGCAUGGAUCAGAAACUUUGUAAAUUGAAAACUCUAUAGAGCAGCUAUUUUGAGUGCCAGGCAUUCUAUGUACUACAUGUGCAUUAACAUGCAUGAGAUCUUAUUGCAAAAUUUUGGCACUUGGUUAUUUAGAGUUAAAAUCUUUUUUGCAACUGAAAAACAAAGCAUGGUUUUGUAUUGCCUGUUAUAUGUGAAUUAACUUAUGGAACACAUUAAGCCUAAUGCAGCAUUAGAACACUAGCAGUUAGGAGGUCCAGUAGUCUAAAACAUAAAUUUUUGGAGAAAAUUAGAGAACAUUUCAAACUGAUAUUAUGAUGGCAGGGAGCAAUGGCAGAAAGGAAGCUUAAAGCAGAUACUCUAUUACUAUAUAUACUUGUUCAAGAACUCAUUAUCGUUACAGCAAUGCUUAUGUAUAAAAUUAGGCCUCCACUGAGGAAAUCAGCUGGAACAACAGCAAUGUGAAAGAAAUAUUUGAUUUGGUCAGAAAAAGUAGAGAAUUUGAAUCUUGAAAUCAAAAAUAUGUUUGCACAGCAACAAAAGGGUGUGUCAGGUUGUGAAAAGCAAUUUUCUGUGAUGGGAAGACAUCACAGGUCAAGCCUGGUUUUGUGAAGUUGGAUGACUAUUUUAUCCAGAUAGGAUGUUAACCUCUGUUGUAAGUGUAACAUUUUAUUUCAUGCAAGAUAUACACUGGUGUAUUUAGCAUACAAAAAGUAUUCUAUUGCAUUUCUUGUCAUAUGUUCAUGCAAUUUUUUAAAGAUAUCUCUAUCAGUAAUAGUUUGGGUUGAUUGAUGUAGUUUUACAGGUCACAACAGUCUUUUUGCAAAAAUCUAUGGGAAUAUUUGUAUUUUAGUAGUCUAUGGUAAUCAUUAAUGAAUCAUUAAUAACCUUGUAGGUUUAAAUCUGUCAAUCAAACAUUGAUUGUCUUUAUUAUUUGUAACUACUGUUUUUUCUUGACAAUGCAUUUUAACACAUCUUGAAUCACAGUGAAAUCAUAGCAAAGUCAAAGGGUUUAUUUUGAUACAGGCAAAGCCGCUUAAAGUCUAGAUUAUUGCCAGUCGUAAAGUAAAACAAGUUUUGAAAUCAUGCAUGAUUAUGAUAAAUGUAAUAUUAGGUAGUAAAAAUUGUACACCAAGAACAUCCCUAACACUGAAUGAAUGUUGUUGUGAUGGUGUUCUGGUGAAACUAUACCAAAAUGCAUCAGUUUUAUUCAGUGGAAUAUUUUAACCAUUUGGCUGUUUCUUAAAAGUUUUAAAGUUUCUUUGACAGAUCAUAAGAGUGUUUUUAACUAUGGCUUUCAGUUAGAGCAAUAACACUGACACUGCUGUAAAUUAUUGGAUUAGAUUUCAUCAUAGUGGUAGCAUUAUUAUUGUACUUUAAUUUGUAGCUGGCCUUCACCUAUGUGACAGUCUUUUUACAAUGUAAAUCAUAAAAUUGCAGGAGUGAUCCAUAGCACUCUCUUUGGCAGAGUGUCAAAGCAAAGAGGAAUGGCUGUAUUUGCAUUUAACAAAUUGAAUUUAUGUUGCUGUGCUUCUUUUCAGUUGAUGUCAAAAUGUGACGAGAACAGAAAAAUAGCACACAGGUGCUGCUGAGCAAGUUGUUGAUGUUCUUACUACAUUUUGAUAUCUUCUGUGUUCCAUUACUGUACAGAACCAUGGCAACAUGGAAUCUUUGUGUUUUAAUUGAUACAUGUAAAAUGUUGUUAAUGUUGAGGUCAUCAAUGACACCGAUGGUGUCUGUCCUCCAAAGACCUGGGAUUCAACUUACACAAUUUUCACAGUUGAGGUAGAAAGUCUUUGUUUCUCUCCCAUAGCAUUUUCUACAGUGUACGAAAGACUGGCACCAAUAUGGACAGGCUGGCAUCGGUCAAAGCUAAUUUAGUGUUCUAAUUGCCUAAUAGUGGUAAAAGAGAACUUUGAAUCAUUUUGCUUCCAAGUUUGAUGGUCACGUAAUGACAGUAGAGUUUGUAUGGUAUGUAUGAUUUAUUUUAAACACAGUUAUGACUUAAGUAAACAAACAUUAAAUAACCAUGUUGUUGUUUUC